AUGGUUGAAUGGACCGAUACUCAAAUACGUAUCCUCAUCGAUGAGCGUAGAAAUAGAAAUGAAGAAUAUCAUAAUUUUGGAAGGAAUCGAAUCAGAUUUUGGAAUAACCCGCCUUCUCGUGACUUCAUCACUCGAAGCCAGACGAUAAAUUUAUGUUUGCGUCGUCAGCGG